UGCCGGCCCAGUCUGAGGAAUGGCAGCGAUGCCAGGACAAGGGGAAAGUCUGCUGAGUCUAAAGCCAUCAAGGUUGCUCACCAGGCAGCUAAGGAGGACAGGGCUAAGAACUACGAAAAGGCUCUGCGUCUCUACCAGGAUGCUGCUCAGGGCUUCCUCGAUGUUGUGAAAUAUGAAGUCCAGAGCAAAAAAGCCAAACAGACCUUCGAGGGAAGCUAUACUCGAUUCUUAGACAGAGCAGACAAGUUGAAGGAGUAUCUACUGAAGAAAAAGAAAGCUCCUCCUGCUAAGCCUUUCAAAAAAAAUAAUGAUGACAGUGAUGAAUCAAAGAAACUCCAAAGUCAGCUCUCAGGUGCAAUUGUCAUAGAGAAUCCAAACAUUAAAUGGAACGAUGUUGCUGGUUUAGAAGGCGCCAAGGAGGCACUGAAAGAAGCUGUUGUUCUUCCAAUCAAGUUCCCGCACCUUUUCACAGGAAAGAGAAUUCCAUGGAGGGGGAUCUUGCUCUUUGGACCUCCAGGUACAGGAAAGUCCUAUUUAGCUAAGGCUGUGGCCACAGAGGCAAACAACUCAACAUUCUUCUCCAUCUCCUCGUCUGACCUUGUCUCCAAAUGGCUGGGAGAGAGUGAAAGAUUGGUGAAGAAUCUUUUCAGCCUUGCCAGGAAGCAAAGACCGUCCAUCAUCUUCAUCGAUGAGAUUGACUCCCUUUGUGGGUCAAGAAAUGAGGACGAGAGUGAGCCUGCUCGUCGUAUUAAGACAGAAUUCCUGGUUCAGAUGCAGGGUGUGGGGAAUGACAAUGAGGGAGUGCUGGUACUCGGUGCAACAAACAUCCCAUGGACCCUAGACUCAGCCAUCAGAAGAAGAUUUGAGAAAAGGAUCUACAUCCCUCUGCCUGAGGAGCACGCACGCUCCUUCAUGUUUAAAUUCCACCUGGGAUCGACUCCUAACAGCCUCACUGAAUCUGACUUUGUCACUCUGGGCAAGAAGACUGAUGGAUAUUCAGGAGCAGAUAUCAGUGUCAUCGUCAGAGACGCUCUGAUGCAGCCAGUUCGAAAGGUCCAGUCUGCAACCCACUUCAAACGGGUACGAGGUCCAUCCAGAAAUGACCCUGCUAUGAUUGUAGAGGACCUUUUGACUCCAUGUUCACGUGGUGAUCCCAAUGCUAUUAAAAUGACAUGGAUGGAGGUUCCUAGUGACAAACUAUUGGAGCCUGUAGUAUGCACGUCUGACAUGUUGAAGUCUCUGGCCAACACAAAGCCAACAGUCAACAAACAGGAUCUGGACAAACUGAAAGAAUUCACAAAUAACUUUGGACAGGAAGGCUAGGCAAGAUGAAUAUGUGAGAGUUUCUCUUUUUUCCUAACAGCUGAUUCGGAAUGUAUUGCCUAUUUUACUGUGUUUUUUUGAGAAAGCAGCAUCAGAUCCAUAUUAUAUUUGUUGAUAUAUAAAAUUUGUUAAUAAAGGUUUCAUACU